CAUUUGCCUAAUUAACAGUUGCACGUCCGCUAGACCAGGCCGCUUGUCAAUAAAGAACUUAUUGAGCGACUUUGUGGGAGCGCAGGGACGAAGCGCGUCCCGGGCCUUCGAUGCUCAAGUCAUUUGUGCAAGGCCCUGGUGUUUCGCGUAAUUGCCACUGAGUCCCUGAGCGAAAAGGCCAAAGAAGCUCGAGGUGGAACUCGCAUCGAAUAUUGGGGUAGGAUCGAGUUAUUCGGAGGCAGCGAGCAACCGAAACGAACGAAAAGCUGCACGAACGUCAGAGGGCGCCCAGGCCCCUCGGUCCCAGGGCUCAACAGUCGAAGAUGAGCCCCAAGGGCCCGGGUCAAGAGUGCCCAAAGAUGGAGGUGCGAGUGUCGUGCGUAGCGGCACCGGGGGCCGAGCCCCAGGGCAUUCGCGUGCGGAUCCCCGAGCCGAAAAAAGGACGCGAGCCCGCCAGAGGGAGAUGCCCUUCCAUGUCCGAGAAGGACAUGUAUAGGAAGGCCUUGCCCCUCGAUAAGCGGGACAGGUAUUCGACGCUCUCGGGAGCCGAGAUCAAGAGAGGAUUGGUCCCGUCGCCAGGCGAGCCCGACGUCCAGAAACGCCGGAACCCCAUGCUCGACCGGAAGAACAGGUUCCCCACGAUAUCCGGCGCUGAGCUGAAACGCGGCUCGACCAUCGGCAAAUGUCCACUGGAGGAGGGCCUGGAUCUCAGCCUCGCGCCCUGGCCCGGCAUGAAGUGGGCUUGCGUCCGGGUUCUGCACCUUUACUGCAAAGUCUUCGACCAGUUCGAGCUCUUCGAGCUUAUCGUUAGUACUUUAGAAAAUGAUGUAACUGUGGCAUUUACAAAGUCAAAAACGAUUUUCUCCGUCCAUUGCAGGAAGAAUUGCACGAGCUGCAAGUGUCCAAGAGAGGCGCACGACGUCUGUCAUGACGAGUGGGUGUCGGUACGGGCGCGACUCGGACUCAAGGCCGACGAAUCCAGGGACCCCGGCGGUUUCGAUCCCAGGGAUGCCGGACUUGCGUGGGCACCACCCGGACUACCCCCGCACAAGGUGGAGGAGUACUUCUCGAUGUUGCCAUCGCUGUCGGUCCCACGGCUCGGGACUGCUGGCGAGCGUCACAGGGAUCGCCAACUGGCGACUCAACUUCCGAAGCAGGACCUCGCCCGGGCCUACUGCCGACACCUCGACCCCCAACAUUCCGUCAGCGCCGAUGACUUCAUGGCCGCGCGAAACGAGAUCGCCUUGGACAUCGGCAGCGUUCAGGAGAUCUUCGAUAAGAUCGCGGAGUGCGGAACUUGCAACGAGCCCUUGAAGUACGGUAGCCUCGCGGUAUCAGCGAGUAAACUUGGACUUGUCUAUCACCCCACAUGCUUCAGAUGUUCGCAAUGCGAGGAGUUGCUGGUCGACCUUGCGUACUGUAUGCACGACGAUGCACUUUACUGCGAGAGGCACUACGCCGAGCAAUUGAAGCCCAGGUGCGCAGCUUGCGACGAAUUAAUUUUCAGUGGCGAGUAUACGAAGGCAAUGAACAAGGAUUGGCACAGCGGUCACUUUUGUUGCUGGCAAUGCGAUGAGUCGCUGACGGGUCAGCGAUAUGUCCUAAGAGACGAACAUCCCUACUGUAUCAAAUGUUAUGAGAGUGUAUUUGCUAACGGAUGCGAGGAAUGCCACAAAAUUAUCGGCAUUGACUCUAAGGAUCUAUCGUACAAGGACAAGCACUGGCACGAGGCCUGUUUCCUCUGUAACAAGUGCAGAGUGUCCUUGGUUGACAAACAGUUCGGCAGCAAAGUUGAUAAGAUUUACUGUGGUAACUGCUACGAUGCCCAAUUCGCUAGUCGCUGCGAUGGAUGCGGUGAAAUCUUCCGUGCUGGCACUAAGAAGAUGGAAUACAAGACACGACAGUGGCAUGAGAAAUGCUUCUGUUGCGUUGUCUGUAAAAAUCCAAUUGGAACGAAGAGCUUCAUCCCACGUGAACAAGAAAUCUAUUGCGCUGGAUGCUACGAGGACAAAUUCGCAACCCGAUGCGUGAAGUGUAACAAGAUCAUCACCAGCGGCGGCGUGACGUACAAGAACGAACCCUGGCACAGGGAUUGCUUCACCUGCAGCCACUGCAAUCAGUCUCUCGCCGGACAGCGAUUCACGUCGCGCGACGAGAAGCCAUACUGUGCCGAAUGUUUUGGCGAGCUUUUCGCCAAGAGGUGCACCGCGUGCACGAAACCCAUUACCGGCAUCGGCGGCACACGUUUCAUCUCUUUUGAAGACAGACAUUGGCACAACGACUGCUUUAUUUGCGCGGGCUGCAAGACAUCAUUGGUUGGUCGCGGAUUCAUCACCGACGGCGAGGACAUCAUUUGUCCAGAGUGCGCCAAGCAGAAGCUCUCGUAAAUCUCAUUAUGCUUUCUGUACACUUACACAUGUACUACGCGCGCGCAC